GAGUGCUGCAUGGUGUGUUGGUGGGCACCAGGUGGCUGCACCCGCGUGUUUUUAAGAAAUAAGGGGAAAACAUCAUCUAAAUCCUACAGGCAAGAUGAUGAUAGCAGCUAUAUUUAAUCUCCCAGGAACAGCCGACACCCAGCGGGGAAAGGAUGGCUGAUUGCCACCAUGUCCCCUCACCAAGAGUUGUGUGUGUCUCCCAAAACAAGGGGACAGCUUGUUAUUUGUGACCCCUCACCAUUCACACGCAGGGCUGAGCUGGUGUUCCUAAARCACCUGAUGGAGAGCAAAGGGGCAGAAGAGGGAGUAGAGGCACUUGGCCAUGGGGUAUUGCUGCUGAGCUGAUWUGUGCUCAGUGCUCAUCCUUUUCUCCUUGGCACCAUCCCCAGUGUCUUCUUUAGUGUCCCUUCUUGCCCCCUUUCCUUGUCCCCUGAAUAUUUUUGCAGUAUGUCUCUUUGUGUCCCCCCUAAAUGUCUCUCCCUAACCCCCUUUGUCCUCCCUCUGCAUCUCUUGAUGUUGCUCUGAGGAUCCCUGACAUGCCUGUCCCUGUCUCACCAGUGUCCCCAAUGUCCCCUUCAGUGUCCUUCCUUGUCCCCACAAAAUAUUCUUCCAAGUGCACCUUGUACCUAGGUUGACCCCCUAAAUGUCCCCUCCAAGUCCUUGCUCUUCAAUAUCCCACACUGAUCCCACCAGUGUCCCUCCUUGUCCCCACCAUGUGUUCCCCCAAAUACUCUUAUUUAUUCCACAGUGUCCCCCGGACUGUCCCUCCCUGUCCCUCCCGGCGGGUCGGGUCAGGGCGUGGCAGGGGACCCGCGGGACACGGGUGGCGCGCCCGGGGCAGUCCUCCCCGCGGUCCGCACCGCGGCUUUAAAGGGARCUCGCGGCGGGUGCGGCCACAGAGGCACCAGCGGGGGCACCGGCGGCAGAGCGGCACUGGCUCUGCUGCGGCUUCACCCAGCCACCGCUCCCUUCCCAGCCUCUCCCCGCCCAGGGGCGGGCGAGCCACACUUUCGGCCGUGAGAGCAUCGCGGGGCAUCGAGGGACGAAGCACUCGCCAUGAGCGACAGCCCGAUCCCACUGCCACCGGCUCCGGCCACCAAGCCCAAGCGGCCCCGGUCAGCGCGGCGUCCGGCAGCCCACCCAGCCUACUCGGACAUGAUCACGGCAGCCAUCCGGGCUGACAAGACCCGCGGCGGCUCAUCCCGGCAGUCCAUCCAGAAGUACGUGAAGAGCCACUACAAGGUGGGCCCGAAUGCCGACGUCCAGAUCAGGCUGGCCAUCCGGCGCCUGCUGGCCACCGGAGUCCUCAAGCAGACCAAAGGAGUUGGUGCCUCUGGCUCUUUCCGCCUAGCCAAGGCCAGCAAGGCGAAGAGGUCUCCAGCCACAAAGAGGAAGAAGGCGGCCAGGAGGUCCACUUCGCCCCGGAAACGGGCUAAGUCCAGGAAAGCCAGGUCUCCAACCAAGAAGCCCAAAUCUGCCGCCAGGAAGGCCAGGAAGAAGUCAAGGAGCCCGAAGAAAGCCAAGAAGCCAAAGACUGUUAAGGCCAAAUCCCUGAAAGCAUCCAAACCCAAGAAGGCAAAGCGGUCAAAAUCCAGAGCCAAGUCCAGUGCCCGGAAAUCUCCUAAGAAGAAGUGAGAARUCUAGAGGUGUUUUGGUACUCUCCCUGUUGGUUCUGUAAAUAGCUAUUGCCUUUAUUUUUACUCCUUUCUAUUGCAUUUUAUAAAGAAUUUAUCUAGUCCUGAAUGGAAAUAGCUAAAACAAGGCAGUUGAUGAAAGAAAAAAGGGAACAUCUUUGGUAUGGAGAGUUCCAAUUUUAAAGCAUUACUGGUCUGU